GUUCACAGAUAAGUUUAGAAGGCAGGCAAGCUCAGAAGUUCCUUGAAUAAGCUGUAUUCCUAGCACCUUUUUUUGCCCCCUGUCAGAGACGUCCGAGCCCCACACAGGAACCAGGCUCACAUUGUUCGACAGCCACGGACGUUUCCACAGCGGCUGGGAGGGCCAAAAGCUCUUUCCGCUCUUUGUUACCGUUUUUUUUUUUUAAUUUUUUCCUUCCUUCUUCCAACUUUCCAGUUAAAGAGUAUUGCUGGGGCAUUUCUGAGGUAGUUCAGGCUGAGCUUCAGAGAAAAGAGCGAGAGGCAGGUGUAAGUGUGGGGGAAGAAGCCCAGGAUGCUGGUGAAGCUUCUGCUGCUCUGCAGCACGGUGGGACUGGCGAAGCUGGCGGAAGGCGCAGCCCAUCGUGGAUAUCGGGAUGGCUCCGGGCACAGCUUAGAGCCACGACUUCAUGAGACCCCUGCACACCCCCAGAGAACUCCUCUGCCACGCCAGGGAGGUUACUGGGAGGCAGAAGGGCUCAGGGAGGACACUCAAGAUUACCCCUCAAGUGUGAUCUCCUCACAGCAGUUUGAAGCUGCGAGCCCACAGCCCCGAAAUGGGAACUGGUGUUCCUUCACGCAGUCCCGGCUGGUCACAUACAUAGAAGCCUGCAUGAAGGAGAAGUACAUUGUGAACUCCCAACAGCCCUGCCCAAAUGGAGCCCCAGACUGCCAGAAGAUCAUGUACAGGACAGCUCUGAAGCCAGUCUACCAAGUGAAACAGAAGGUUUUGAAAUCUUUGCAGUGGAAAUGCUGCCCUGGAUUUUUUGGCAAGGACUGCGAACAGCGUGAUCCUAAUUUUAUUCUGGUGCCAGGAACUGAAACUGAAGGGCGAGAAGAAGAGUUCUCAAACCACAUGUCAACAUCAGUGGAUGCAAGAGAAAUGUUCGAAGUCAUUCAAAAUCAUGAGGCUUUACUGGAUGAUCUUCAAAGUGAUAUUCAUCAAGCAGCCAGCACCUUAGGUGACUUACAGAGACUAAUUGAAAACAACGGUACAAGCAUGGUGUUAGAAGUGAACCAGAGCAUUUCAGCUCAUCAGGAAAGGCUUCUGCAACAAGUUUUGUUUCCUCAUGUGGAGAAUUUUAUAAGGAAACAUUUUAACCCAAUGUGGACAAGCUUCAGCAACAGCUUAGAGAACCUCUCCAACAUAGUAAGAAACCUGUCCCAUGAUGUGGAAGCCAACAAGAAAAGCAUCGAAAGAUUCCAGGAGAGCACUGUGCCCAAGAAGGAAUUCCAGGAGCUGGGAACUAAAUUUGAAUCAAAAGUCCAAGAAAACAUAGUGAAAGUUGAUCAGGCUAAAAGAGAUAUAGAGAACCAAGUGCAAAUGCAGCAUGCUAAUAUGCACUAUAAUCUCAGCACUAUCAAGGCAGAUAUUGACACAAAACUCAAGAAGCUUCAUAAGAUGCAGCAGUCCCAUUUCUUAGCUUUGAACAACAGCAUAGCAAACAUGAAACAAGAGCAAAACCUUCUUGAAAAUAAACUGGAGGCUUUGAAAAAAAAUUUAACAGAACUCUCUUUACAUCAUGGUCCCAAAGAUGAAAACAGCCAAUUAACCAUCAAACAUAUGAAUGACAUUCUGUCAGGGCAUGCAAAACAGCUUAAAGAACUUUACAUGGAGUCAGACGUGGCCUUUCAGAAUAUUGCAGUUUUAGAGAGGUGGUUUAAGGAGUUAAAGAAAAACAUCUCAAAAUAUAGGCCAGAAGAUCUUACAAUAACUUUAGCUGAGAAAUCCGUUAUCAUGGAAGAAAACAAUGCAGCAAUGGAAAGGCAGAUAUCAGAGCUCAAUUACACCCUCUCAAACCUUCAGGAAAACUAUUCUGAUCUGCUGCGGUACCUGGAGGAAUGCAAUUGCCAGAGAGUAUCUACUGACACUGAUGGACUGGAGGAAGAUCCAAGGAAUAGCACUUACUCCCUUGAAGAUACCCAGCCAAAGGAUAUGAAGCACUUGGAGUCAGUUUUCAGAGAUUUCUUCAAGAGUGAAAUUGAAGAGCUCUCCUCGGCUAUUCCGUCCAUCCAUCUGUCUCUGAACCUCCGCCAAGAAGAGAACAGACAGCUUCAGUCACAGGUUACGGCUUUUUCAGAAGACUUAGGCUUGCUGAAGAAGAAAGACGAAGAAAUUCAUCGACACAUCAAGUAUCUCAACAGUUCUUUUAGCUCUCUCUUGAAAGAUGCAAUGCGGCACGAAGAAGCACUGGAGGCUUUACUGAGACACGAAUUUCUGGAUGUCUUUUUUGAAGAUGAUUUUAGUAGCCUAAUACCAUCAGUAUUUCAGCUGCAAGAAUCUCUCAGAUACUUCUCAGAUAAACUGCAAGAACAGAAUGUGACUUUAGAAUCUCUUAUGAAGAGAUUUCAUCCCUUGGAAAGACAUCACCAGAAUAAUCAUGAUGCUCACACACCACCCAAGCACCACAAGGAGGAAACACAAACCUCCUCUACUCUACACGAAGUCAGCAGUCAACGCAGCAUCAUAGAAUAUAUGGAGCCUAACUAUGAAGCUGCCAAAGAUGACUCCUUGGAUAGCUCAGCUUACAAUGAUAUCAUGACUCUGAAGAAUGAUUUAAAACACCUGAGCCUGGCAAUCAAGAGGCAUGAAUCCAGAGGUGAUGUGAUUCUCUGCUGCAAUCAUACAGUAGCAAAUGCAAUUGAGCCACUCAACAUUUCAGUAGAAACUCUUUCUGCAGAUUUAGCAACCAUGAAGCGGAAUCUGGAGGAACAUCUGGUGACUUUUAAAAAGCUAUUUGGAAGUAAUGAAGAAUUAGGUGCCUCAAAUAUAAGCGUGGAUGUUACAAAGAUUCAGUCAAUGCUGAACAAAAAAGGGAGAAGGCAACAGAAGGGUCAAGACAAGCCAAGAGACAAGAAAAGGCCUGAGAAGCACAGAGAAAAUACACAAACGAUAAGUGGAAGAAAUGCACUGCAGACAGAACUCGUGGACAAAGACUCAUUGGUGGCAUUCCAUGUGGGAUUCUCAGAAAGAAAGGAUAAAGGAAAAACAGUGAGGUUUAAUGAAACGUACCUCAAUUAUGGAAACAGCUAUUUCUCUGAACACGGCCACUUUAAAGCACCACACAAAGGUGUCUACCUGUUUGUCAUCUCUGUGGAGUUCAGCUCAGGACCAGCACUGGGACAACUCUCCUUCAGCCGUGGGUACAAAAGAACUCUCUCAAGCAGCCAGAGGAAAACCCCACAUGGGAACACCGUGACUUCUUUUGCUAUGGCAGAAAUGGAGAAGGGGGAGACAGUGUGCUUUGAAUUGCUGCAAGGUUCUGUAGUGAAACGAAGCCCACCUGGGACAACUAUGGGUGGAUUCCUAAUAUCUAAAACUUGAGUAGUGACAUUUAUGUUUUAUUAACCUCUUUCCAUAGAUGCAAUGGAUGCAUUCACUAUUGCUUCAUCUGUGAUGUAUUCAAUGCUACUGCAUGUGUUUAAACAUAGCACUACCCUAGGUUUGUCUUCAUGCUUCUUUUCUGGAAGUGUUUGGCUUUUGAUUAGUUGCUUAUGAGCAGCAAUGGGAUUUUCUUUCAAGUGAAAAGCUAAUGGUUUGGACUUCAGAUGUAUCAGCACACACAUUCCUAAAUCCUUCCAAUGUGAGAACUACAUAUAAAUGUUUUGUGGGACUUUCUUCACUUUAAACACAAAUUUCUCCUUUCCCUUGGCAAAAGAAUAUCCUCCCAGGGCAAAUAUCCCCAUCAGUGGCAAGGAAAAGAUUUUAGGUAGGACUACACACUCUCAUGUUAUGUGGAUCGUACCUUAAAACCCAGGAGCCAGGGGAAUUUUACCUUUUAGUUCUCUGUGGACCACAGACAAUCUUGGAAACUUCUGCAACUCACUCCAAUGUUUCAGCCUGUGCACAACAGGAACACUAGAAAAAAUCCAUCAAAUACAGCAAAACUCUCUCUAUUGCCAGUAUUUGCAAGCAAGGAUCUCAUAAAUGGCCCAGUCUUUGUUUUUGGGCCUGUGAUGUAUUUCAGCUACACUACAAAAAUUUAAAGCAUUGUUAAGAUGAACUGCAUUUACAUUUAGACACUAAGAAAGUAAGAAUAUUUUAAAAGUAUCAGUGAAAAUGCAGUUUACUUCUAAAGUCAAUCUUGAAGAUUAUCAUGAAUUCAGCCCAGAAUUCAGCAUUUAGUAAAUACUUUAAUAACAAGCAAGCAAAUCUAAAACCAAAAGGCAAACUCAUUGUUCUGCUGAAUUUGUAAUUAGAGUAAACCAAAUAGUAAAAUUUUUGAAAUGUGGAGGUGUUUUUUUUUUAAUUUGUUUUUGGGGUUGUUUUUUUUUUGGGGUUUUGGUUUUUUUUUGUUUUUUGAAUUUCCAGAACUUCAAAUGACCAUGCCUGGUCAUGUCGAACUUUUCUUCUGUAAAAUAAAACUUCCCAAAGACUUUCACUUUAAAGAAGUUCAAGUAUUUUUGUCUACCCUAAUACCUUACAAAGCAAUAUUAAUUAAAUUUGCCAAAAUGAAAUGUCCUUUGGAAUUUCCAGUAUUUUUUAUGAAGAUUGCACCCUUUUAAGGUAGCAUUUUUUAACAAAUCUAUUCUGCUGUUAAGAAUUUUCUCCCCACCUACCGUAUUCUACGCAAUACUAAAUCAUCACUAAUUGUUAAAAACCCCCAAGACAUCGGUACCAACACACAAUGCACUUAAAGCUACAGUUUGACAAGCAGACAAUACAUAUCUUUUGAAAUAAAGCUAUAAAGCAAUUUCAGCUACUUGCUGAAGAGAUUGCUCAGACUUGCUAAGAUUUUCCUCUAUCCUGAAAAAUCCAAGAAAACUAACAUCAAAAAGUGUUCCUUAUCUCCUCCUGGCCAAUGUCCUAAUUUUGCUCAAAGUAUCUGAGGGAAGAAAGAGAAGAAUAGAAUGGAAGAGGAGAAAUGAAGAAAACCAUCAAAUUUUAAGAUUAGGUUCUUUCAGUACAAAGCUACCAUCCUGGGGUGACUCGGAUGGGUUUUUAGCAGUGUUUCCCCAAUUCCUAACUUCUGUGGUGGCAGCAUUCUGCAGAGCCAGACCAAGUGUGCUGCCUAGGCCAGGGUGGUUCAAAGAAAUCUCAUCCUGAGUGCACACCAAUUCUGCACCUACGAACCAAGUUCCAAUGUUACAUAUGGAGGAUAUGAUAUGCAUAUAUAUUUCAAAACACUCUGUUCUUAAAGUUCUGACAGAAAGCUUCAACUGGAAUGAAAAUCACUUCGAGAUGGACACAGGAGGUAGCAGAGAACAUUGCAGUUCACCCAGUCAGGAUUUCUACAGUUUUGGUGUCCUUCCUUGUGCUUACCAGUAUUUACUUUUGUUGAAGAAUAUGCCAGAUGAGUUCAGAGAAUACUGACUCCAGAGUGAAAAAAACCGUUAAUUUAAAGAUGUUUCUGUAUUUAAAGACAUCUUCAAAUAUGUGCUUAAGUUAGCCAUCUGCACAUACAAAGAAGAAACACUUGACUAGAAUACUAAUCUUUAGACUAUGAGGCAAAAAAUUAAUGAAAGACAAUGGGUUAAAUCACUCUGCUGGCUGCAUAAGCCAGGAAGACUGACUUCCUUCUCAACCAACAAGAGAAUGAUGAUUAAUCUACUGGGCUGUGGUUUUGUUUGUUCAAAGCAAUAAACCAGCUUUUUCAUAAGCCUCCAUCUGCACCACUCCUGCAUUUCUUUGGUGGGAUGGUGGUUUGAGCUUUUUUAUUAGAUUAACACAGCCACAUCACUUUGUCCUUCAUUUUCAGGCAAACUAGCGGAAUGAAUUUAAUGAAGAUAAUUUACAAUACAGCUAUUGGUUGGCUCAGUGGAUUUAGGAGAAUUUCCAAACAUGAAAAAGAACCUGAAGCUGACCACAGGCACUGGGAAGAGUUGUCUGUAAGGGCUUCAGUUUCCCUCACAGCAGACUGACUGGACUAAUGUGCCUGAUGGCCAGGCAGCAACAGGCACAGAAACGUGUGCUCACUCCAGGAUACAGCUAUGCCAAUCUGACACUCAUAUUUAAAACCAAAAGCUUCCAACAGCUAUUAACAUGUCCUAGAAACCUGCCAGAAAACAUUGCCACUGAUUCAAGUUUCUGUAUUUCCAGAUCAAACCACUAAGCUUUGUAGUAAGGUAGAAAGCUGUGCAUCUUAGUGCCUUCACGGAAUUAUUGUUACUGAUCUGCUGCUUCAUGAAUGUCAGUAUCUUAGAGUACAUUUUAAAAUUAAAGUCUCCAAAUGUUUUUUUUUCCUUUUCCCUUAAUAAGACAAUCUCCUUACUGUACUCCAAUUUCAAGUACCAACUGUAUAAUAUAAAAACAAUUUCACUUUCUAUAGAUCCAGCAAUGCCUGAAUUUUGCAGAUAACAUCCACAUCAAGCCAGAGUCUGAAUCCCAUGGAGGUCUCCUCAUGAAGCACACUCAGGAGGUUUUCAGCCCACAGCAGUGGUGCUUUCAUGGCUUGGAUUCACAGCUGAUACUGAUCUACUGAUACUGAUCAACAUCAGUGACAAAAACCAAAGUGGUGUUUUGGGAAAAGGAAGAUAAAACUGCAGAAGGAAUUAAGGAAAUUAAUAGAAUUAAAUCUGAUCCUUUCUGAAUUUAGUAAUACUUCUGCUAUUUAUUUAAAAACUUGUGAUUCAGUUUGCUAACUGCUCAGUUUGCUUUUUGAUAUGCCCACAAAACAUCCAUCUAUAGUGUUUACACGUUAGAUACUGAUACAAGUUCAUCAGUAACAUAUUUUAUAUAGUGGUCAAACCCAUCGAUUUAUAAAGGAGAACAUCCUGGUAUUUAUUACUAGCAGGCAGUAGAACUUAUUUUAACAUCCCGUAAGUCCCCAAUUUAUUUCCAAAUCCUUUCUUUAGGGCACAGCAGCACCCUGUGGCCGAUUCCUGAAACAACACCGAGAGAAACCGCAGCUCAUGUAAACACGGACAGGUGCAAACACGUCCCCACAAUUUUCAUUAUGUCCUCCUGCUAGCAUGAAAUCCCAGCUUUAAAUCCAACCAUGACCACUGCAACCAGUGAGGACACUCCAUUCCACAAUAGCCACAAACCUAGGAAAAAGGUUUACUUUGCCAAGAUACUAAUUUAAGGAGACCAAAUCUUUGUGCAGUCUAAUUUCCUGGUAUUAUAUGUUAAGGAAAGAAAGGUUUGAAACCACAUCGCUAAUCUUUCCACUGCACUUUCCAGAACUAUACUGCAAGAAUUUAUCACUUGAUUCUACAAGGAAAACAAAUCAAGGUUUAUAAUGUACUAGUAACAGUUUUUAUGAUGUUCAGAUACCAAACUUUCCUAGCUACUGUAAAAAAUAUGUAUUUAAGAUAAUACCUAAUUAAAUGCAAAAAGAAAACAGAAACUCAUCUUA